AUGGCUCUCGUCGUAAACCCAACACCCAAUGACUGGAACGUCAAAGGCUUCGUUGCUCCUGGGUUCGAAUCCGUGGAGCGAGCCUUCAAAACCAACCUUCAAAACGGCGAUGAAGUAGGCGCAUCUGUAACUGCUUAUUACAAGGGAAAGAAAGUCGUCGAUCUGACUGGCGGCUAUUUUGAUACUUCCUACAAUAAGCCUUACGACAACAAAACGUUGCAAGUCGUCUUCUCUUCUGGAAAGUGCAUCGAGGCGGUUCUCGUCGCUCGUCUAGUACAAGAUGGUUUAUUCUCCUACGAUGAUAAAAUCACAAAGUAUUGGCCGGAAUUUGGAGCAAACGGCAAACAGAAUGUGACUAUCAAAGACCUAAUGGGUCAUCGUGCUGGAGUUUCUUACUUGGAUGGAAAAGAGAGACGUCCAAAUGCCGAACAAUGGUCGAACUUGGACGUACUCGCUAAAAUGAUUGCCGAUCAACCUCAUAACUUUGAUGGCAAAUCCGUUCAGUCAUAUCACUCUUUUACGCGAGGGUGGUUUUUGAAUGAAAUUGUCCGACGUGCUGAUCCACAGCACAGAACUUUGGGCAAAUUCGCUGAGUUGUUGCUAGUCAAACCCUUGGGAAUUGAAUUUUUCUAUGGAAUCCCAGCCGAAAUUAAUGCUCGUGUUUCCCCGUUAAUCCAUUAUCCUUAUGGAAGGAAGGAUUUGGCUCCCUUGCCUCCAGUUACCCAACCCCAUACCAAUCCAACCGUUGCCUUGAAAGUCAAUUCGAGCGUUCGAGGCCCGUAUCAGCAAGUAAUCAACACUUACGAAGGUCGACGAGGGGAAGGAACUAGCUUCUCUGGAAUCACAAACAGUAACGGAUUGGCUAAAAUCGCCGCGUUAAUGGCCAACGGUGGCGAGCUAGAUGGAUAUUCGUAUCUCACAAAACAGGCUUUGGAUGAAGCUUCACAGUUGCAAGAACUCCAAACCGACUUGUGUUUGGAAAAGAAGAACUACUAUACUUUUGCGGGAUGGGGCAAUUGGCCUCAUGCACGGCUACCACACCAAUGGGGGGAGGGUGCUAAUUAUGACCCCAACUGGGAAUGGUGGUAG